GAGGUUGUGUUUGCUGCGGGCACUGCGCCUGCGUGGGCGCUCGCUGUAAGAUGGCGGCGGUUGGUGAUGGAACAGGGUCAACUGGGUCGGCGCUGCAGGGGUUAAUUCGGCAGUUCACAGCCAUUACAGGUGCCAGUGAAAGUGUGGGAAAACACAUAUUAGAAGCAUGCGGCAACAAUCUGGAGAUGGCUGUCACAAUGUACUUGGAUGGCGGUGGGAUAGCUGAAGAACCCAGUACCAGUACAGCGGGAACGUCAAGUCGACCGCCUCCACAGGAUGAAGUACGAGCUCCUAUUCCACAAAAGCAAGAAAUCUUAGUAGAACCUGAACCCUUGUUUGGUGCUCCCAAACGAAGGAGACCUGCACGCUCCAUAUUUGAUGGGUUCAGAGACUUCCAGACUGAAACGAUCAGACAGGAGCAGGAGCUGCGGAAUGGUGGUCCAGUGGACAAGAAGUUGACCACUCUGGCAGAUCUCUUCAGACCACCCAUAGACCUAAUGCACAAAGGCAGCUUUGAAACGGCAAAAGAGUCAGGGCAGCUGCAGAACAAGUGGUUGAUGGUAAAUAUUCAGAACGUGCAAGACUUUGCCUGUCAGUGCUUGAAUCGAGAUGUUUGGAGCAAUGAGGCGGUGAAAACCAUCAUUCGAGAACACUUCAUCUUCUGGCAGGUACAGGGAAGUGGGGGUGUGAAGGUUUACCAUGACAGUGAAGAAGGACAGCGAUAUGUCCAAUUUUACCAACUCUCAGACUUCCCUUACGUGUCUAUACUAGACCCCCGCACUGGUCAAAAAUUAGUUGAAUGGCGUAACUUGGACGUGAAUUCGUUCCUGGAGCAGGUGACGGGAUUUUUAACAGAGCACGGGCUGUUAGAUGGACUCUCCUGUAGCCCACCAAAGAAACGUCUACGCUCAGAGAGCUUAAUUGAUGCAAGCGAAGAUAGCCAGCUAGAAGCAGCAAUUAAGGCUUCUUUACAAGAAACACACUACGAGUCGUCAAGCCCUGAGAAUGAGGAUCAGUCGGAUGAGGAAUCAGAGGCCGAAGCUUUUUCAGACAGCGAAGGAUUCAUCUCCAUCAAUGGAUCCGACGAUGAAAGAGAAGAGGAAAGUACCACAAAAAAAAAGCAAAUGCCCCGCAAGGAGCUGAGCAGUAAACAAACACGUGUAGAAUUAACUGAAAGAACUGAGACAGGAAAAGGAACUAGUUUGGAGUUUUCCUGCAAGGACAGGUCUGAGAAAAUUCGGUCAGGGGCAGAUGCAGAAACAUCAACAAAGCAGCAAGAGAUAGAAGAUGCAACAGUCUAUUUUGAUAACAGUGGACCAAAAGCAAGUCUGAUGCUGCGAUAUCCGAAUGGGCAAAGGGAACAGAUUGCACUUCCAGCUCAAGCAAAACUACUGGCACUGGUGAAACACAUCCAGUCGAAGGGAUACCCAAAUGAGCGGUUUGAGCUGGUCACCAACUUUCCACGCAGGAAGCUUUCCCACCUGGACUAUGAAAUUACACUGCAGGACGCUGGACUGUGCCCUCAGGAAACUGUCUUUGUUCAGGAGAGGAAUUAACUUGGGAGUGCAUAAUAUUUUAUACAAAUGUUGCAAGAUCUGGUUUGUUGGUGAUAACCUGGCUUCAACCUGAACAAAGAGAACCAUGUAUUUUCAUCUUUUUACUGGACCUACUGAGACCAACAACAUGAAGAAAUUUUGAGAUCCACACUCAAUUCUUAAUACUUUUUGAUUCCCAAAAGAAGAACCCUUUUUACUGGACCAGAGAACACUUGAUUUUUUUUGUUUUUCAUUAAGUAUCCAUCAUUCUUUGCUUGACACGUUACAUUUGGCUGUGCCAGGCAUCAGCAUUGUUUGUAUUUCCCCCCUACAACUGAUGGCUUUGGCAAUGUUUCAAAUUGCCAUAACCAAAAUCUACAAGGGCCUCGCUUUUUGACUACUAGGAGGAAGCUUUUCCCUCAUCAAGUCCAGUUGACUACACAAAAUGCUGGAGAAAUAGAAAAUGGUCUGGGAAGUGAUCGAUUGUCAUCUGAAAAGACUUGACUUUGUCUCUUGGUAGUGUUACUCAUUUAGGCUGUAAGUACGUGGUAGGAAUUUGGUAUUGAUCACUAUGAUGCAUUCUCAGUUGCCCUAAUGUCUUCAAACAGCCCAGCUCAAGCCUAUGUUAAAAUGCAUGACCUUGCAUUAUGGGCAGAGAGGUUUGCAGCACAGUGUGGUAAUAAUCUGAUGGGUCUAAUGUGCCAGGUCUAGAGCUACCAACUUUACUUCAGUCUGCACUUUUGGAGCGCACGUUGCCAUGAAAGAAGGUCAACAUAGUUCCUGAACAAGCUCUACAGGGAUCCAAGACAAUCUAGCCCAUCUGGCUAAAGCAGCGAGUCAUGUGAAUACAUGGUCGUUCCCUGACCUUACGCUAUAAGAGUGUGAUUUCUAAGGUUCAUUCUGAGGGAUUCUACACAGUUCAUUAUUCCAUGUAGAGUUGAGAAUUGAGUGAUUGUGCUCAUCGUCAAACUUCAGGGAUUGGACCGAGUCCCAGACAAGAAUUUAUUUGCAAUCCUGCUUCUGUGACGUUAAAAACUUGUGGGAUUAUACAAAGCAGCCCACAAUAAGUUUCUGGCAUGAAGAUCCGAUGAGAAGUUUGACUGGCAGAUCCAGGAUCCUUAAUGGUGAACGUUGGAGAUGAGAGGCCUGCACAUUAUGAAAGGUUCGAAAUGCCGUCGAGCCCCAGGGGUUGUGUUAAGGGUUUGGUAAUGAUGCAUGGCUGAUGCACAGUUUUUGGAGUUCAAAGAACUAUGUAUAUCUCUACCACAGGGUAUUACCACGAUAAGAGUGAACUACAAUAGUGUGUCCUGCUUGGAAUCAUCAGUAUUUUGUCGCCGUAUUCAGACUGGUGCUCGAUAUUCAGAGGAGGGGGGAAUUUGGCACAGUAAAUUGAUAAUACAGCAUUUGGAAAACUGAUACCAACAGUUAGUACACUGUACGGUUCUGUGGGUGCUGGUAUGUACACAGUAAGAGCAUGAAUCACAUUGAAAACUGUGUGUGUGUGUGUGUGGGGGGGUUUUGGAUGGUUGACGUUGGAUUAUUGUUUGGAACAGUUGGUACCCAUUGGGUGGGAGGGGAGGCUGAGCCCAGCAGGGGCUUCGGAUGGUGGGGGUGGGUGGGUUAACAUUAGAAUUGGGCCAUUUAAGGGAAGGUUGACCAAUGAGAACGGAAGAGUGUCAGAUAACUGUAAAGUAAAAGAGUGUAACUGACCUAGAAAAAAUAACUGGGAAAAGCUCAGUCUCUUUGGAAAAGAGCCAUGUUGGAAAUGGACUGUUACUAUGUCUAAUUGGCUAUGGUGAGCAUUGUUUCAUAGCAGUACAAUUCCCUUAUCCAUGUUUUUCUGCCAAUUAAGGUUUUUGAUCCCUAUAGUUAUGGACCAAGAAUCUUGUCAGCAGAGGCUAUUAACAUUCCAAGCUCUGUGAAAGGAGUAACUUGGCAAUUAAAGAAGGUAUUCAUUGAUGAAAUAAUGUCCAAAAAUAGCCACUUUCAAGUCCACCGACUGGAUAGAGAAAUUGUUGAGUCUACAUAUAAACACACUGGUGAUAUUGUGACUGGAAAAGAGAGAUCAUAAAUUCAUAUAAUUGCAAUUGUUUGGAUUCUGGUCGUUUUUUUAAAGUCCACUAACUUUCUGCAUUUAAUUUAAUCAUCAAAUAUGUGAUCUGAUCCAUAAUCUCCAUCUUAAUCCUAUGGGAAUGUGUGGAGAAAAAGUUACAAUGGGGAAAUUGAUGAGAACUGGGGCUGCUCUGUGAGCUAGCAUGGACUAAGUGGAUCAAGGUGGCAUCCUCCGGUGUUAAAGAAAUAUGGUCAGUGGCUAAGCAAUGCAGAUCAAUGCUAUGAAACAUUGCUGCACCCUGGUUCUGCAAUCAAUUCUUCAACCAAUUCUCCAUAAACUGUUAAAUCAUGUCAGAUUACUACUUGUUUUUAAUACAACUUCAGUUAUUCGGUUUUUGAAAUGUGAAUUUAUACAUCCAAAUUGAUUUUGUAGAUUGCCUGAAUAAGAUCAUUGAAGAUUAGGCAGUUCAUACAUAUCUGACCAAGUGAAACAGUAAACUGAAUAAUUUGAAUAUUGCAGGAUUGCAUCAACCAGUGUCACAUUUUGUAAACCUCAAUCAAUAAAAUUUAUAGUUUGCUUUUUAA